CACAAUUAAAAAUUUACUAUCUCUUUGUGAAAUUAAAAAAGGUAAAGAAAAUAAAGCUGUUGUUGCUGCCAAUAUAAUGUAUGUUGUAGGAUAAUAUCCAAAAUUCUUAAGAAACAAUUGGAAUUUUUUAAAAACUGUUAUAAAAAAGUUAUUUGAAUUUAUGAGAGAAUCUUUUCCUGGUGUUUAAGAAAUGGCAUGCAAUACAUUCUUAACAAUAAGUUAAAAAUGUGGAAAAGCAUUUGUAAUUCGAUAAUAAAUGUAGUUUUAUUCAUAUUAAAUUUUAAGUUAAUCUGAUUAAUUAGAAAGAGAACCAUAUAUUUGGGAAUUAAUUAGAAACAUAAGAGAUUAAGUAGCUAUAUUGCAAGAUUAAUACAAAUUAGUAUAUUAUGAAAGUUUAAGUCAUAUGAUUAAAUUUGAAGAAGAUCUUAAUAUUAAAAUUCAAUUAGUUAAUAGUUUAGUCAAACAUCUAAAUGAUUAAUUGAUUUAAUAUACUUCUUCUAAUAAUUAUACUGAUCUAUUUAAAGAUGAAAAAGUUUAACAAUUUUUUAUCUAAUAUUUCAGAAUUCUUUAAUAAAUAGUAUAACCAACUGGAUAUGCAUUUACUUAAUCAUUAAUUUAACUUUUACCUACUUAUAAUUAAUUAUAUCUCUUUUAUAGUCAAAGUAUCUAAUAGUAAGCAAUGGGAUAAGGAAUUAUUAUUAUGGGUUGGUAUACUGUUAAAAAAUAAAGAGCUGUUAAAAAAGAAAUUUUAAAAUUAUAUUCAGCAUAUUUUUAAAAUAAUGAUCAAUAAUUAUUAAAUUAAAAUUAUUAAUUAAAAACCUCAUUAGUUUUACCUAUAUGUAAUCUCUUAGAAGAAUAUUAAUAAUCAAUUGAUGAAUAAAAAGAGCCAGAAUUACUAUUGACUUUUAAAGUAAUAUUCAUAGAGUUAUAUAUUAUUAGUAUAUGCUUGAGAAAUUUUUAACUCCAAUUGAAGAUCUUGUUCCUUUAAUUCUAAAAGGCUUAUUUGAUGCUACAAUUAGAUUGAUAAGCCAAGAUUUUAAUUCAUAUCCUGAUCAUAGAAUUAAUUUCUUUGAAUUUUUAAGAUCAUGUGUCUAAUAUCAUUUAUUAGGAUUGUUUAAUAUGCCUUAAGAUUAAUUUAAAUUAAUGAUAGAUUGUAUUAUAUGGGCAUUUAAACAUUAAGUACCUAAUCUAUAAGAAUUAGGAUUGGAUGUCUUAUAUUAUAUUUUAUAAGUAUUUAUAAUCUUCUUAUAUAUUUAAAGUAAGUAAAUAGUGAUUUAAUUGUUGCCAAUCAAUUUUAUUCCCUUUACUAUUUAAGACUACUAAAAGAUAUAUUGGAAAUUUUGACUGAUAAUUUACAUGCUAGUGGAUUUAAACACCAAAGUUAAAUAUUAAUGACACUCUUUUAAAUUGCAUCUAAUCCAUAAAUAACCACUAAAUUAUCAAAUGAAUAAGUUGGUUCAAACUUUGAGUAUAUUUCUUAAUAUCUCAUAACAUCAUUAUAUGGUGCCUUCCCGAAUGUAACUAAAUAAUAAACUGAAUUGCAUAUAUCUAGAAUGUUUUAAAACUUAAAUAAUGCACACAAUUUUAGAGUACAUUUAUUUAUAUCUAUUUAUUAGUAAGAACUUAGUGAUUAUUUAAUCAAUCUCAAGUAAUUCUAAGAAAAUCACGAUCAUCUAAAAUAACAAGACUAAUAACAAGAUAUUCAAAAAUCAAAUCCUUAAUGAUAAG